CGAGUAACGGAGUUCGAAGUCUUAGCUGGCCCAGACGGCCGGCCCCCGGCAGCGCGGCCGCAGCUAGCUGCAGGGCUAGGGGACAGUGAACUACCGAUGGCCUACGUACGUACUGGCGCCGGCUAACGCUGCACUGGAUACUUUUUCGGACUUGAUUAGACCCUAAAUAUGUCUUGAAGUGAACAGUUGACACAAAAUCGUUCUGAGCUAAGAUAUCGAAUUCUUGAAAUUAGGAUCAAGAAUUGAAUCAUAACAUUAACAAUGGAAAAGACGAACAAACAGAGACGACUGUAUUUCAUGAGGGUGAGUGAGAACUGCAAACUCAUGACCGAACUUUACAUUGUUCCUGAUGAGUUUAAUCAUCAGCAGACCUGGUUUGAAGACAGGCAUUUACAGGAGGUCAUUAUCCUACUCCGGGAUCCCAUCAAGGCUAAGGUGGUUUCCCACUAUGAACAAACUAAGAAGAAGAAAUGGGCUGGUGUCAAAGAAGGAAACGAUUCCAAGAAGCAACCAAUCACAGAUGAACAUCAAAUUACAACAGGUCAGUCUGUUAAGAUUGGUUAUAAGUUUGUAGAUUCUAACAUGCAUCACCACUCAUGUUUGAUGCCAUCUGAGAUCGGAUCACCAGUCUGGAAGGAUGAUAACUCAAGACAUGCAGGUGGAGGAUUCAUUACUGCCAGGCUCUUCGCCAAGAAGCUAGUGGUGUUUGUCUGCAAGUACCAUCCAUCGACUGUUGGCCACACCACAUCGCAGCUGAUGAAAUCAUUGUGUGCUACUCCACCUCCUUCCAAGCACAUCGCAAUCAGCAGCUAUUUUGCUCCCAAAGCAGACGAUGACUUUGUGGGUCAGGCUAUAACUGAGUCCGCCCACAGGAAGAGGAAUAAGUUGAAGAAAAUUGUCAAAGGAAUGAAGACCGAAGCUCCUGGAUUGAAAGACAAAACAGAUCUCCAAGGCCAAUCAAAGAGCGGGGGUUUCUUUGAGCAGGAGUUUGGAAGAACUGACACAGAGACUGCCGAUGAAAUCAAGCCAGAAAUCUUGCCAUCCCCAUCAGUCUCCGACAUGGACUGCAACUCGGACGGGGUACCGGACCCAGAUGAGCAAUUUGGUGGUGGUCCCAGUUUAUUAGAUUCCAAGGAAGUGUUGCCUCUGAGACAUGAUGAACGAUUUGAGUUUUUGGGUGGUGGCCCGAGCUUGUUAGCAUCCAAGGAGGGUUUGUCAGUGAGACAUGGUGAUCAUCCAACAAGUAGCCUUCCAGGAUGUCCUCAGGAAGAAGUAUCAGCGAAGACUUCAAUCGCUUCAAGCGUGAAACCUGAUAAGUGUGUCAAAGUGGAAGGAAACCAUAAAACUGUAACAUGUAGACUGGAAAACAUGGAAAAUGCAGCGGUAGAUUUACCCCCAAUGGUAGGUGUUUCAUCUUCAGAAGGAACUUCUGAGUGUGUCAAAGCGGAAGGAAACCGCUAUCUGAAUGACCAUAAAAUUGUAACAUGUAAACUUGAAAACAUAGAAGAUGUGGUGGUAGAUUCACCCAUGAAGGUAGAUGGCUCGUCAUCAGAAGGAACUUACUCCUCGACUACAUAUGAAAGCCGAUUGAAAGGCUCUUUGAACUCGACCAAAUCUGAAUCGACCAUACGCUCGUCAUCUGUAGGCCAAGAGUCGGGAAUAGGUAGACUGACAUGGACUUCUGAAGCGACCGAAAGCUCACCGUCAUCAUCAGGGGACUUUGAUUAUAAACCAAGAAGACAGAAUGUCAGAAGUAGGAACAAGUUAUCACUGAAAAGAGCAGAGGGGAAAAGGGGAGGUGCAAGUAAAGUAGGUUCUUCAAAGAAAAAAGUGCUCUGUGAUGAUGUAAUCAAGGAAUCUGCAGAAGAGGCAGAGCAUGGUCAGGAUACACGUGAAAUUGUAGCAGAAGAAUCCCUGAAGCAAAAAAUUCACUCUGAUACAGUGCCAUUAAUGGAUGACUCUUCGAAUAAGAAGAGCAAUAAUGUUUCAGAAUCUGUAAGACAUCCCAUUAGUGAUUGUUCUGUUCUUCUAACUGAUAUCAAGCUACGAUGCCCUGAAACUGUCAGUGAAACCUUGAAGGAAGAAACAUCUCCGGAAUUACCUGACAUAAACCAGGAAGAAAUCUUGCUAGCUCCUGAACAGGAAACGGCUCCAAAGUCAUCUUCUGAUGAUGAGCUUAUAUCAGUCAGCUUCCUGCAUACUGCAGAGGCAAAACCCUCAACCAAGAAGGCGAAAGAGUCGAAACAGCAUUUGCCUUCACAUACAAAAUAUGACAGUGACAUCUACAUUAAUGGUUCGGAAGAAGCGAGUACUGCAUCAAGCAGGGUUGAGCAGAGAGAACAGACUGGGAACCUAAAAAACAAGAGGUCAAAGCAAAGCAGACUGGCUCUGUCCAGUAGGCAGAGCAACAAAGACAAAGACACCAUCCACAAUACCUCAAAGGACUCAUCACACUUUGGAAAGAAGAGGCAGAAACCCCACAUUAAGAAACUGUUGAUGGAACUCGCAUUCGAUAGCGACAGUCAAGGGUCAAGUCAAAAUAGCCCUCACAAAAUCAAGGAGAAUCAGAGGUUUAGUGGGGAAGAAGAAGAACCCAUGGAUGUUGAGGAUGGAUCGCCAAAGACUUCUCCUGUGGUUGUAGGAAGUAGUCAUGAUGAGGUAGAUGGGUUGUCAUCGGACAAUCAUCACUCUGGAGAGAAUCAAAGGCCAAGUCCCCCAGGGCUGAAGCAAGAUGAUCUUGUGCACAUCUCUGACGAUAGCUCUGGUGGAGGGACCAGUCUUGUGGGAGAUGUUGAGAAAAGACCGGCAGGAGAAAACCAAGCUGGACAACCUGGUGACCGAGAAGAUGAGGUCAUUGACCUGAGUCAGGGGGUAGAUGAUGGUGAGGAGAGUGACAGCUGGUUUGAUAACAUCUUUGGGAACGUCAGAUUCGUAACUGAAUUGAAGACGGCUGAUAUGGUCUAUCUGACCCAGAGGAACAGGAAGUAUUUGCACAACAUCUUCCAAGGAAAGAGACAUUGUGAGAGACACCAGUGUUACAAGAAAAAAGGACCUCACAGAAUUGCAAUGGGGAGUAAUGUAAGGCUAGGGCCGUUCAAAGAAGAGCAGAUGGAUGCAGUCAUGGGGGAACUGGUCAAGAUUUACUGCGCCAAACACAUUAAGUUUAUGGAUUACGUAUCUAAAGUUCUUCUACCAGAGGCGAUGACUAAGAUCUACAUGGAUGUUCAUAGUGUCAGCCACACCCAUGCUGAAGAGGUCAUGAGAGGGGUGCAAAAAGAGCACCCUAGGGCUACUUGAUUACCCAUCUAAAAUUCUUCUACCAGAGGCUAUGACUGAGAUUUACAUGGCUAUACAUGAGGUCAGCCACACCCAUGCUGAAGAGGUCAUGAAAGGGGUGCAAAAAGAGCACCCUAGGGCUACUUGAUUACCAUCUAAAGGCUAUGACUGAGAUUUACAUGGCUAUACAUGAGGUCAGCCACACCCAUGCUGAAGAGGUCAUGAAAGGGGUGCAAAAAGAGCACCCUAGGGCUACUUGAUUACCAUCUAAAGGCUAUGACUGAGAUUUACAUGGCUAUACAUGAGGUCAGCCAAACCCAUGCUGAAGAGGUCAUGAAAGGGGUGCAAAAAUAGCACCCUAGGGCUAGUUGAUUACCCAUCUAAAGUUGUCCUACCACAGGCAAUGACUGAGAUCUACAUGGCUGUACAUGAGGUCAGCCACGCUCAUGCUGAAGAGGUCAUGAAAGGGGUGCAAAAAGAGCACCCUAGGGCUACUUGAUUACCCAUCUCACAUUUUUCUACCAGGGACUAUGACUAAUGCUAUGGUCACAAAUACCUUCACACCAAACAAACAAUUUUUGUCUCACCUACAUAACAAAUUGAGACUUUAGGCGCCGCUUUU